AUGCAAUCUUUUGAGGUAUUCGGUUGCUUCUUGAGGCAUUUCAGGCCAAAAGGAGAUGCACUUCCAGAAGAUCUUAAACAAGUGGUUUCAAACUACUCAGAGGAUGGUAUAAUGAGUGUUCAAAAUCUUCAUGAUUUCUUGACAGAAUAUCAAGAACAAACUGAUGCUGAUGCCCAAGCCAUUUUCAACAGAGCAAAACAUCACAAUCUUCAACACAAAGGCCUGCAUCUCUUGCAAUAUUUAUACAGCGACCUCAACUAUCCUCUUCAAACGAUUCUUGAUGACAUGAAAUCUCCACUUUCUCAUUAUUAUAUAUACACAAGUCACAAUACUUAUUUAACUGGUAACCAGUUUACAAGUGACAGUAGUGUUAGACCUAUCAUAAGGGCCCUACAGAAAGGUGUAAGAGGUAUUGAAUUGGAUCUUUGGCCAAAUUCGACAAAUACCGAUAUAAAUGUUUGUCAUGGAAGGACUCUAACCUCAUCUGUAAAACUGAGGAAAUGUUUGAGAGUUAUCAAGGAUUACGCCUUCCAUGCUUCCGAAUAUCCAGUUGUUAUCACUUUUGAAGAUCAUCUCAACAAAAAACUACGCGAUAAAGUGGCACUUAUGGUGAAAAGCACGUUUCAGGACAUGCUGCUUCUCCCAGACAAAGAUCAUAAAUUGACUAAACUACCCUCACCUGAGGAACUAAAGAAGAAGAUCAUCAUCUCAACAAAACCACCAAAUGAGUCUUUGGAGCCAGAGACUGUGGAUGAUAAGAAAAUGACUAAUAAUAUAAAAUCAGGGACCAUUUUUGACUGCUUGAAAAGCAAAGAAGGUUCAGAUGAAGAAAGUAGGCAUCCUGAGGAAGAUCUACAGGGUGAAGUCCCUGAGUACAAGGACUUGAUCUUUAUCCAUGCUGUAAAGCAUAAAGGAAACCUGCUUGAUUCUCUACAUGUUGACCCAAAUAAAUACAAACGUCUUAGCUUGAGUGAACAGGCCCUUGUAGAAGCUUGCCAAGAACAUGGGCAACAAAUCGUGAGAUUCACAGAGAGGAAUAUACUGAGGGUGUACCCUAAAGGGACGCGUCUUGAUUCGUCUAAUUACAGUCCAUUUCAUGGUUGGAAGCAUGGAGCUCAAAUGGUUGCAUUCAACAUGCAGGGAUAUGGAAAGAAUCUGUGGUUGAUGCAAGGAAUGUUCCGAGCCAAUGGUGGUCGUGGAUACGUGAAGAAACCAAAGUUUUUAUGUGAUGGGGACCUGAGCUUUCGUCCCAAUGAAGUCAAGAAAAUUUUGAAGGUAAAAAUUUACAUGGGAGAAGGAUGGCAUUCGGAGUUUCAUCAUGCUCACUUCGAUUACUGUUCUCCACCUGACUUCUAUGCAAAAGUGGGAGUAUAUGGAUAUGAGGAUGCUGAUGAUGAUAAAUCUCCAAGAAUGUAUAAAACCAAGACAAUUGAGGAUGAUUGGUGGCCACUUUGGAAUGAGGAGUUUGAAUUUCCGAUUAAGGUCCCGGAAUUGGCAUUGUUAAGAAUUGUGGUUAAAGAUAAUGACACCACCAAGAAAAAUGAGUUUGGAGGCCAAACUUGCUUACCUGUUUCAGAGUUGAGAACAGGCAUACGUUGUGUCCCAUUGUAUAACAAAAAAGGCGAAAAAUAUAGGUUCAUAAAGCUUCUCAUGCGUUUUGAACUUGUGAUUCCCAUAAGUUAGAUUAUUUCCUACAUUCCAUUGGAUUCAAAGGAUCUUUGGUUAUAUUACUGAUUAUAUCCAACCCUUUAAAGAGUCAAGGAGGCUACUUGUACAUGAAUAAAUGAACCGGGUUAUCGAGCGUUUCUUAGUGGUAGUUGCAUUUGUAAUCUCGAAAACAACUGAGACAAUGUGAAAGAGCAUAAAAUCCUAAUACGAGUUUCAGUUACUUGAUGUGACAAGUCAUUGUGAGUAUUCAUAUAGGUUAUGAUUAUUAUCGUUUCCUUGUGUAUCUUGUAUUUAUCUUUCUCUCUGAAGACCAUAAUUAGAUUAUUUGUUUUCUUUAUUUUUAACCUAAACAUUCAAUCUAUAAAAGAAUUUAUAUAUCA